ACCACCAACGACAAUCAGCGAGAACCGGCGAGACUCAGGGUAAAUUCGGUUGUUUUCUCAAUCUAGUGAGGAGUGAGGACUCUUGAGGCAAGGAGAGCUGAAUUAGGAAAGUUAAAUUUACACAAUGUCUGGAAUUGCAAUUGCUCGACUUGCUGAGGAGAGAAAGGCUUGGAGAAAAGAUCAUCCAUUUGGUUUCAUUGCACGACCUACAAAAAACCCAGAUGGAACUUUAAAUCUGAUGAACUGGGAAUGUGCCAUUCCAGGAAAGAAGGGGACCCCCUGGGAGAGUGGUCUGUACCGGUUACGCAUGAUCUUCAAGGAUGACUACCCAUCCACACCACCAAAGUGCAAGUUUGAGCCACCAUUGUUUCACCCAAAUGUUUACCCAUCUGGAACUGUAUGCUUAUCCCUACUAGAUGAAGAGAAGGAUUGGAGGCCUGCCAUUACCAUCAAACAGAUCUUGUUGGGCAUACAGGACCUUCUGAAUGACCCCAAUAUCAAGGACCCUGCUCAGGCUGAAGCAUACACAAUUUAUUGCCAAAAUCGACUGGAAUAUGAGAAGAGAGUACGAGCACAGGCAAAGGCAAUGUCUGCACCUUUUGAGUAACCUCAAGACAUCAGCAGAUGUGAAGGUGAUUAGAACUAGACAAAUGUGAAAUUUUUUGUUAGCUGAUAAUUAGCAAUGAAGAUUAUUCUCGUUAAAGUAAGGUGUAUGGUGUUUAUUAUAUAGAAUUUUUUAUUUUCUGUGAAGGAUUAUUUACAUUUUACAAUGUGUUAUGAAAAUUUUGUUUUAGUUUCAUAAUGGACAAUUCAUUCCAUUCUUAGUCUCAGUGACAUGUUUACCUUAUUUUAUGAAAACCCUUCGAGGUGAGCCUUCAUUGUCUCUUACUUCUGAUUUAUUAUUCACAUUACUAUACUGUGUUUCAGUACACACACACACACACACACACACACGUACUCACUAAAAAGAAGAAAAAAAAGGAAAAUGCAUGUGUAGGGCAUACUAGUCCAUCUCUUUUAAAAAAAAAAAAAUCUCCUUCUUAUGUACCUGUUCAACUUUUUCUUUUGUUUUUUUUGCGCUGAGUCAGUAAUUGAUAUUAAAUUAAUAAACUAUUUUUACCAGUA